AUGUUUCAUUGACAUUUCCAUUUGGAACAAGUGGUGAUCAAUGUAAAAAUAACUAAUUUAUAAGUGUUUUAGAGCGUUUCCAUUUAUUUUAAUUUAUUAAAAAUGCAAGAUUCCUUAGAGGACUAUGUGAAAUUAGCUAGAAACACAAAGCAGGAAGAUCCUGUUAAAAUUAGCCAAGAAAUGGUUGUAACAGCUCAGCUGAAAAAGGACUGUGAUGCCCGAGCAAUGAAAAUUGUAGAGUUCUCGAUCGAAGGCAAAUUAAGGCCUGAAGUGUUUAAAAAAUGUCUUCCAUUUAUCAAUCAGUUACAUUAUCAAGACAUAGUCGAAGAAAGAGCUAUUACAAAGCUGUGUGGUUAUUCUCUGUGUGGUAAAAGAAUUCCUGACAUGCCUAAGAAACAGUAUUUUAUUUCUACCAAGAGUAAUAAGGUAUAUGAUAUUACAGAGAGAAAGAAUUUUUGUAGUAACUUUUGUUAUAAAGCCAGCCUGCACAUUAAGAAACAAAUAGACAACAGUCCCUUGUGGCUUAGGAAAUUGGAAGAAAUUCCAGAAUAUAAAUUACUAGACAUAUCUGAGGGUGGUCUUCCUGGAGAACACAUUGAUCAUGGUAUGGUAAAACCAAUACAGGAGCAUCAGUUCACAUCAGUUGGUUCAUUUACUCAAGUAUCUUUGAAUGAAAUGACCAAGAAAGAAGUGGUUAAGGAGCGAAGAAAUAAUAAAUCGAAAAGCUAUAAAAAAUCUUCUCGCUUGAAAUCUACAAUGCAAACUAUAACAGAAAACGAUAUUGAGGAGGAGACUCAAAAUAAUUUUAUACAGACUAAGGAAAACAAUGUGGAGAGAAAAAUAAUUGUUCAUACAAUUAAAAAGGAGAGUCACAAAAAAAGUUGUGUUGUAAGUUUACCAUCAAUCAUAGAACAGGAUGUGGAAGUUAGUGAAAAUUUACAAGCUUUAAGAAUUAGUCCAAGCGACUUGGAAAACAAAGAGGAAUCGGAUCAAACAGAGACCAGUAAAAGAGAGACAGUGAAAAGUAAAAGAGAAAGCACAAAAGUUAAAAAGAGCACAAAGAAAAAAUCAAAUACGAAUAAAAGUAAACCGGAUGUUGAAGUGUUUGUUGAAACGCUCUUAAAGGACUGGUUCACCCUGGACACAUGCAUUUUCUUACACGGUGAACAGAAAGUCAAGGAAGUGCUAAAUGAAACGAAAUUGGGCGAGUACUUUGAGGAAUUGAACGUUGUCAGGUUAAAGACGGAGCAACAGAUGAAGUAUAUGGAGAUAUGCAGAAGGCUUCAACUACAACAACUAGCGGAUGAAAAGUUUGACAGGGUCUUUACAGGCGGGGAAAAACUAAAACCUUUACCAGACUACAAGAAGCUCAAAGAAGAUACUAAAGAGAUGAAUCUGAAGGUGAGAUCAUAUUAUCAAGGGGGUAUGUAUGAGCAAGAGGACACUAAUUUUCCUGUUAAAUCCGACUCCAAAGAAGAACAGCCUGAAGAAUCUGUUCCGACAGUUCUGCCACCUGUCGAUACCAAUUCUCAACGUCUGCUCCGACGAAAAAUAUUUUUGACAGCCCUGAGUAAAUCGAUGCAGCUGUUGUUGCAAAAUUUGGGCGUGCCGUCAUUCGCUUCCGUGAUGUCUGACGCGAGGGCUUUGGUGAAAACUUUUAGUUUGAGGGCGGACAAUAUCACUUUUAAGCCGGCCCAGUGGAAUUACAUAGCCUUGACACUCUUGUAUCUGUUGUCAUUCAACGAUUCCUCGCUGAAAGAAACUUUAGAAGAUCGAAGGAACACCGAGUAUAUCGAUACCUUUUUAUCCUCAGAUGCAGAGAGAGAACGCGUUGCAAUAGUUGCCAGAUCUACCGCUCAGAUAGAGGACUUUAUUCGACAAUACAUCACCAAGAUUGAGACCGUUUAGUUGUUACAUAUCAUAAAUAAAGAAAAAAUAAAACAAAGUAUAACUUU